UUGGUCAUGAGCGAUCGCAGUCCGGACGACGACGAGCUCAGCGACGCGUACGUGAGCGCCCGAAGCGACGACUCGUCCAUGGCCGACGACGAUGGCGCUAGCAGCAUCGCCUCCAUGUCGCAGACUAGCGAGGUAGACGACGCGGUCCUGCACGACCACGCCUACCUCGGCGACGACGUGGGCAUCGAGCGGCCACACUCCGCCUACUACGAGCCCGGCUCGGUUGUGGACCUGCCGCUCGUCGUGCUGCCCGACAUUGUGAUGUUCCCCGGCGAGACCUUGCCAUUGCGCAUGCUCUCGUCGGCAACGAUCCAGCUCAUUACGCUGCGGACGCGGCUGCGGCAAGAGUUUGACACGUUCGCCGUCAUUAGCACCCUCCAAGACCCGAUAGGACAGGUUGGGACCAUCAUCCAGAUCGAGCGCAUCUACGAGCAGAACGACGUCCACCUCUCGAUCGUCGGGCGCGGCUGCCAGCGUUUCGAGCUCUGCCGCAUUGCGCACGGAAGCGACGACUACGCGACGCUCGCGGCCUCGGUGCGCGUGCGGCCCGAUUUCCACGCCCUGCGACCACCAUUUGCCCAGUACGACUUGUAUCGCGCGCAUCGAUGGCACAUCGUUCGUAGGAAGCGGUUCGCUUUUGGCUACUGGCGUCCGUCCGAGUACAACCUCUUUGACGGCCACGUGCUCGUGCGCAAGGCCACGGCGAUGCUUGCGACGUCGGUCGCGUGGCGCGGCGUGAACGCGGUGGUCGUCGACGACGCAGCGGCUGCGCCCACCGACCCAACGCAGUUUUCGUACUGGCUCGCUGCGCACGUGCAUCUCAGUGUCGACGAACGGCGCGCGCUUCUGCAGGUCGACUGCACCGUGCGCCGGCUCCACGAGCUCUUGACGUGGCUCCAGGACCACACCUCGAGCGGCAUUGCGUGCCGGACAUGCCAGACCCUUCUGGGCAAGUCCACCGACAUCUUCAACACCCAGCGGGCGGGCACGUUUGUCAAUCCGGGCGGCCACGUGCACCAGAUUCUGACCUUGUACAGCGUUGAGAGCGACCAAGUGGUGUGCGUCGGGCGACCGACGACGCGCGACACGUGGUUUCGAGGCUACUCGUGGCAGUGCAUGUACUGUGGCACGUGCGACGAGUUUGUCGGCUGGCGCUACGCGUCCAAGCGCUUGACCCCGCAUGUCUUUUAUGGCCUCGUCCGCACCGCGAUCCGAUAGCUCGCCACAGUGAUACCGACGUGUGCAAUGUAAUAGUACGCAGAUGUGGUCGG